GGGCUCACACUGACUGAUCCAAUCACAAUGGAGAUUCAUUUGUUCAUAGAAUACUUGAGAUGUCAUUCAAUGAUAAAUGUGACUGAAAUGAACAGACAGUGGUGCACCCUUUUCUGAAGUAGUUAUUUUGAAUAAUCAUUAUCUGAAUUUGUUACUUAAAAAAAAGCAUCUUGCUGUCUCAAAAAUAUUUGCCUAAGCUGACACAUUUUGCACAAUAAUUAUUGCCCCCUGGGCAAGUGUGGGUAAAACUUCUUUUACUUCUAUUGUUGAUAUCAGGAAAUGAAUUGUAAAUGUAAUUCAUAUCGACACAUGAUUAAAAGCGACCAAACGGCCUGGGACAGCAUAAUGAGGUCGACAGUGUUAUGUCAAUUAGAAUAUUCAAAUUAGAUCUCCUGACAUGUCAGUUGAUUAUGGUCAUAUGACAGACACUUAUAAAACGCUCACGUGAACUCUCCCACGCGAAGCAAAACCCCAAAAUCGGAGUUCAGCUCUCUGCGUCACGGGUUACCAUGAACCAUGCCGUCUCCAAUACCCAUUACCCGAUUAUUAGCGAAGGAUUUCGGGCUCGAAUUUGGCGCAUGUAGCAGCCCACUUACCAAAACUGCGAGUGGAUCUACCUUGCGUGUGCCCACAAACAAGUUUCACGGUAAAAUCGCCCACAGACUGUGGUCCUCCGUGAUCAACUGGCGAGAACUGCAAGCUCUGGAGCCCAUCGGCUGCGGUGGAUUCGGUAUGGUGUUUAGAGGCAAGUAUUUUGGUGAGACCGUUGCUGUAAAGAAAGUGAGGUGCGUGAAGAACAAACUGGCAUCGCGGCAAAGUUUUUGGGCGGAACUCAAUGCAGCGCACCUGCACCAUCAAAACAUUGUGCGCGUGAUCGCGGCCACCACGUGCACUCCUGUGCAUCUAAACACCAAAGACAACAUCGGGACGAUUGUAAUGGAGUUUGCAGGCACCCUAAACCUUCAGCAGGUCAUUUACAGGCUCACUGAUCCGUUGCCAGUGGACACGUGCGUUAAGUAUUCUACGGACAUCGCGUGCGCGCUACAGCACUUGCACGCGCACGGCAUUGUCCACUUGGAUUUAAAACCUGCCAAUGUUUUAGUAUCAGAAGUGGGUGUUUGCAAGCUCGCAGACUUCGGGUGCUCUUUUAAACAAACCAGCCAGAGCGACACCGUGACGCAUUUGAGUAAUAUCGGUGGCACGUUCACGCACCGCGCGCCAGAGUUGCUGAAAGGUGAGGUGGUUUCUCCGCGCGUGGACAUCUACUCUUUUGGCAUCACGAUGUGGCAGCUCCUCACCCGGGAGCCCCCGUAUGAGGGAGACAGACAGUGUGUUCUGUACGCUGUAGUGGCUUAUAAUCUGCGCCCUGCCCUCACCAGGGACGUUUUUAUUCGGGCACCAUUUGGACAGGCAUGUCAGAGUCUGAUCAGCCGGUGUUGGGCCGGGGACCCCAGCAUCCGGCCGACCGCACACCAACUCCUCACGGAACUUUCUAUGAUCUUAUUAUGAAUUUGCACCAGAAGGACUCUACAUAUUUUCCUCUCAAAUCUAUUUUUUUUUAUUUUGUUUGUAUAUAUUGUUUUUUUAUUAUUAUUAUUAUUAUGUGUGUGUAUAUAUUAAAAAGGUUUAAUUAAAAUAUUUCCUUUUGUUAAAAGUGGGACUUUUGUGUGAAAAUAUUUCCUAAUUUCAGUAUGGAGUGACAUUUGUUUAAUAUUCACAAUUAAACGCAAGGAGUUUCACUACCAACAUUUGUUUGCGAAAUUGUGCAACUUCAGCUUUUAUGAAUCUUAUUGAGUCAACUUUGUUAAAGGGACAGUUCACCCAAAAAUGAAAAUUCUCAUCAUUUACUCACCCUUAUGCCAUCCCAGAAGUGUAUGACUUUUUUUCUUCUGCAGAACACAAAUUAAGAUUUUUAGAAGAAUAUUUCUGCUCUGUUGGUCCUUACAAUGGAAGUGAAUGGUGACCAGAAUUUUGAAGCCCUGAAAAGCAUAUAAACUCGGCACAAAAGUAAUCCAUAGGACUCCAGUUGUUAAAUCCAUGUCUUCAGAAGUGAUAUGAUGGGUGUGGGUGAGAAACAUAAAUACUUAAGUCCUUUUUUACUAUACUUCACCUUUGACCAGCCCCGACCAGUAGGUGGCAAUAUGCAUGAAAAAUGUGAAACACCAAAAACAAAAGAAGAAAGUGGAAGUCAAAGUG